UUUAUAAUAUUUUAUUUAAAUAAAAUAUUUUUGUUGAUAUAAUUUAACAAUUUCAGUUUCUGUUUUAAUUUUGCAUCCCAUUAAAAACGUGAAAUCUAUGAAAAUCAAAGAUGAAAUUGACGUAUAAACAGUACCAUUAAUCAUUAACAAAAAUUGCUUGUCUAGUCACAGUUAGUUACCUAUUGUGUUAUCUGUAUUUAGAUUUUAGAUACAGUAGAUAACCUCCAUCACCUGUGCCGAGUCACAAUAAGAAAAAUUUAUUCGGAUCCAAUUUACUAUAUAGACUCAUAUAGUCCAUAUAGUACGUAUUAGGUAGAUAUUAUUAGGUGGUAGUACAUAUCUAUUAUGCAAUAAAUUUAUCUUUUGAAAUUGUGAAAAUGUAUGUCCUGUUUACUUCUAAGAUUUGAACAAACACGCAACGGUUUUCACUUAUCUUAAUAACGCGUAAUUGAUGCGUGCCGGUGUUUGUAAAAAUUAAAUCAAUAGCCAGUUCUAUACGCGAGUCGGCAACGAACGUCGUAUGUUACAACUUUUAGUACGUUCACAGGAUGGCAUUCGAUCUCAAAAAGGUUGCCUUGGUCGUUGGUGUGUCUUUAACUGUCAUUAUUGUCGUCUGCAGUGUCCAGUACGUGUUCACUGUAGGAUGGAAACAACAAAGUAACGACGUCGUUGAACCAGGACGAUUUUCAGAUCCUUCGCUCAAAUUUGUCACCAUACUGUUCCGCCAUGGAAACAGAGCGCCAGAGUUCAAAUGCAACACCGACCCAUACAAGAAUACAUUUCCUGAAGGAAAACUGGAACUAACUAAAAAAGGAAAGCAAAAUAUGUACAAAAAAGGACAAAUAUUUCGACGCUUAUACAAUGGUUUCUUAAGUGAUUUAUAUUUGGACAGUGAGAUUUUAGUCAAAACUACCAACACAAGUAGGACGUUCAUGUCAGCAGCAUUGGUUUUAGCUGGUAUGUAUCCGCCAAAAGGUUAUCAAAAAUGGUCGGACUCAGAAACUGUGUGGCAACCUAUUCCUAUUUACGGCGAUUCGCCAGAUCACGGAACAUUAUUUAAUGAGCGGGGGAAAUGUCCGGCUUUUGAUUCUAUGGUCAUCAAGUUACGUAAUCAAUCAGACAACCUUACCGACAAAAAUAUAACAGCAUUAAUGACGUAUUUGUCUGAAAAAUGCGGACAACCGAUCACUCAUAAGAAUAUAAUGAAACUAUAUGACCUAUUGUUAUGUCGGUUAGCUGAUGGUUUACCACAACUGGAAUGGAUUGAGCCUUACCACAUUGAAACAAUAAAACCAAUUGUUAUAAAUGAACAAAGUUCAAAAAGGUUUUUUGAAAAUUAUGGAUUUCAAAAAAUUGUUAUAGGGCCUCUGCUAAAUGAAAUUGGUUUGAACAUGGAAUCGCGUUCAAAUAAUUAUAAUAGAACAAGAAAAAUGCAUCUUUAUUCAGGACACGAUAUUAGUGUAAAAAUGGCAAUGAGCUUUCUAGGCAAUACUAUUAAUUUGCCCGAUUUUGGUGCUUCGUUGCAUUUCCAUUUGUAUCAUCACGAUGAAAUAAAUGAACACACUAUUAAAAUGUUCUUUUACGACCGUUGGGACAAUGAAGAAGGAAAAGAAGUCUCAAUACCUAUUUGCGGUAACCCAUGUACAUUUAAGGACUUUAAAAAUCUUUUGGAAAAUAAUUUUUCCGAAGAAUGGACAGAAGAGUGUCAAAAAUUAGAAAGCUAAUCAUAUUUUUUUAUUUUUAUUGUUCUCCGUAUCUAUUUUAUUAGAUUUGUUAUAAAUAUUCUUUAAUUAUUUUAAAUAUUUUAUUCUAAAUAAAAACGAUAAUUUUAAUAUUU